UGAACUUGAAGUGGCUGGUAGAGAAGUACACAAUGAUUUUAAUUUCUUUAAAAAUAUGAUAACACACCUUGUAAAUAAUUAACUAAGGCAAAUUAGUUAAUAAACAAAGUGAAAUACAAGUGUGAUAUAAAAAAAAACGAUGGCUUCACAAUAUUUCAUCAUGAACACGAACAGAACUGUCACUCCAAAUGUUGGAGCUGAUAGCAGCGACGCGAAGCCUCCUAUUUCAAAAGAAAAGGUAAUGUCUUAUGAGGAGAAAACAGUAGGUUCCACUCCCUUUUUCAAAUGUGAAGCGUGUCCAUUCAUGGCUCUUGCAGAGGACGAUAUAAAGUUCCAUUUGUUUACUGUGCACCCAGACUUGGCAAAAACAAACGGACUUGCUGAUAAUAUCCAAAUUAACUGCCCGGGAUGCAGUAGUGUCUUUGACGCUGAGGAAACUCUUAGAAAUCACCUCCGGAAUCAUCAUAAAAUGGGCAUAAAAGACGUGAAGAAAAUGGUAAGAAGCCUUGUCCAAAUAGCACUAAAAAACGCAAAAUUAAAAAAGGAAGAGAAGAAAUGUGAGCCGCCUCCACGUUCAGAAUUCAGGCAAGAGAUAUCCGAUGUUAAAAUGCCACAAUUAAUAGAAAUAAUACCUGAUAUAGUAAAUGCUAAUCAUAAGUCUCUGCCAAAAGGUGUAGCCUUCAUAUCAGUAGAUGAAUUGAAUAAAAUGAGUACCCCAAACUUUGAAAAGGUUGAUCCUAAGGAAAUUAUACAGGAAGCUAGCAUAAAUAUUGUAUAUACAAAUGAAGUAUCCUCACAAUAUGUGAAUGUUAAUAAUAUACCCACACAGAGUAGUUGUAAUAUGCUUCAAGUGUCAAAUGUUGCCCCGGAUUUAAUAUCCUCAAUACAACCGAGAGUAUCUUCAGUUAUUGAUAACAAAUCUCCUGUUCAGCCUGCAGAAAGUUCAGAAUUUCAUAAACCAUUAGCACCAAAGGCUGGUAGACCGAUUGGUGCGAACACUACAUCAUUUGAUAAAGAUGAAAAAAUUAGUACAUUAUGUUCAGUAAAUGACUGUCACUUUCGUAUGAAAGAUAACGAGAAGUUAGCAUACCAUAGAAAAUGUCAUCAAAAUGGCAAACUUCAGUGUCAAGAGUGCUUAAAAUACUUUGUAACUACUGAGUCCUUACAUACUCACUUGUGGAAAGAUCAUGAGAUGGAUAUGGAGCUACACACUUGUGAAAUAUGCGGAUUUAAGACUUAUAAGAAGUAUAGACUGUUUAAUGUGCAUAUGAAGUGUCAUGGGAAAAUUAAAGCGUACACAUGUCCAAUCUGCUUAAAAUCGUUCAAGACAUCCAACCAGCUGACGAAACACAAAUUGAUUCACAAAAACGAGCCCAACGCCUGUCCCACAUGCAAUCUUCAGUUCAGCAAUCCACGAAGGCUCAGAGUACAUAUUGCCACUGUACAUGAAAAAAUACGCCCAUACAAAUGUUGCCAUUGCAAAUUCAGUGCUGCUAGGAAAGGGGAAUUGACAUUACACUUACGAUCACACACUGGAGACAAACCAUAUGAAUGCGACCAAUGCCUAUACCGCUCAGCCGACCAUAACGCCAUGCGGCGGCACAAGAAGAUGCACAACAAAGAGGCCGUGUACAAAUGCAAAUACUGCCCGUACACAACCAUACAGUCCACCCAAUUCACCUCGCAUAUGUUCUCCACACACCCCAACACGAACUCAAACGAUAUCCACAGAUGCCCCUAUUGCUCGUUCAAGUCAGUAAACAAAGACAAAUAUGUAGUGCACUUAACUACACAUACGGAUAAAGAAGGAAUACAGCUCCUUAUAGAAAUGACCAAUGAAGCGAAAAACCAAAAUAAACCCAGUUGGACGAUACCUAGCAAAACAGUCGAAAAACAUUCUGACAUUGAUACAGUUAGUGAACAGAACAAAGAAAGUAGCAAUAAAGUAGAUACUCCCAUUGAUGUUGAAACGUAUGACUGUGACAGUUUAUCGGAGAGUCUACCACAAGAUUACUCCAAAACCUACAAUACGUCUUCAAAUACCAUUCAACAAGCAGAUUUCAAUAAUCAGGUCAUGGUACAAGAUUUGAGCAAAGAUGACAAUAAUUCUGACUGUCUCAUUUCAGAAAGCUCAACCGAUACAUUGAUAGAUCGGCAUCAGUACACUCCUCUGUUGCCGCUUCAAAUGCCUUAUGAUGCAUCACAGGCAAACUUGCAUGGGUUUUUCAACACAACGGUAUCUAUGGAACAGAAUUUAUUGCAGAAUAGCAAUGCAAAUUCUCUUGCAACUAGUCACUCUGUAACAAGCAAUAACAUCAGCAAUAAUAUAAUGAGUAAUUUCCCAAUUAGAUUACCAACUCUAGUCCGAAACAAUGUCACACUCAAAUCAGUUGACAAAAUAUCCAUUCCAUUGACCACAAAAGUUACAGGACCAAUUAUAACUCCGACUCAAAUUCUUCCUGUCCCGUCUUUAAGUAACUCGCCCGUCAAUAAUAGCUACGAACCAGAAGGCGCGCCAAGGAAAAAGCCCAAAAUAUCUGUUAAAAGCAAUUUGAUCCUGAAAGGCCCAGAUCAAGUAAACAUGUUCCAUUCGCAGCAACAAAUGGCGUUUAAAAGAUUAGAAGACAAUGAGAGGUUUUUGAGCGGUCCAGUGACUUUUAACAACUUGAUUACGACACAGUUUAUGCCAGAACCAGCGCUAAGCGAAUCUCCAAAUAAUAUAAUGCCAUAUCCUCAAGAGACCAUGUUAGGUGAUACUGCAACAACUCCAGUUGAUACUGGUAUAAACGAUAAUUCCCAAAUGUUCUCCUUCAAUCAGCAAAUGAAUGUAAACCAGAUGACGAUGUUACCACCACCACAGAAAAUCCAGACAAACGACCCGAGUUACAUAAAACUGGAAGCUACAAUAAAACAAAAUACACAAUCGCCUAGUUUAGAACGAAUGUCCAACGCAAAUUUGCUAAACAACCAAGCAAUUAGCCGAGAAUAUAAAGCGUCACCGCCCCUUGAAGAUAUUCACAAAAACAUGAAUGAGAUUAAGAAUGAACUAAAAUCUGAUACGUUUUACAAUAUGACUUUAAAUAACGCUGCGUCAAACCCACCAAUUCUUGACCAAUAUCUAAUAGACAACAUUAUAGGCGAACAGUACUCCGCGCAUUUAGAUUUAUCAGCUGUAGUGUUACCAGAAGUAUCAGACGAUCAGCAGAACGAUGUUAUAGAAAUUGAUGAUAAUUCUGAUGACAACAAAUUACUACCACGUUUUGAUAUAAAUUUUCCUUUAGAAUCUCUAUAUCUCAUGCAUAAUGAUUUUCAUUUUUUGGAUAAUGAAGUACCGGCUAACACUAUGACAAAUGAGGUGGCUGUUAGUGAAAUGAAUAGGAUGGUUACUGAAGUACCUAUAAUGACGCAGAAAGAAAACUUAGAAGUGGUAAACGAUGGUGCCAAUGAUUUCCCUAACUUUAUACAAGGAAAAAAAGAUCCCAUGAUGAACACUUCUGUUCGUCCGACGACGAAUAAAAUUAAUGUAAAGAAUAUCGAAUUAAUGAAAAACUAAUCAAUUUCAUUAAAAUAUAAAGACU